CUCGAACACUGCUUCUUUCGUUAUCUUGUGUUGACGGUGCGCGACAUAUACAGAGGAGUCUCUCACAUCCCGACGAUUAAAAAAAAAAAAAAAAUAUAUAUAUAUAGAAACAAUGGCCGGGAUUAAAGGUUUACCCUUAUCGUCAGUGAGGGCUGUAUACUUUUACAGGAACCAAAAGGAGUCCCAGAAAAGCCGCGCAAUUAUGCGUCUCCGUUCAGAAAACGUCUGGAUUUGUUGCUUACAUGGCACAAAAUUUGCCUAAACAGCUCCCAUAAGAGUGGACGAAUCCCACUUGUUUUUAAAAGGGAAAUGGAAAAGUGAUAUAUGCAUGGAAUGAAGUUCGAGAAAACAAAUGUCACAUUUGUACAUAAUGCGUCUCUUUGCCCGACUGAGACAGGGAUAAGUGUAAAUACAUUUUAAGAUUUCUUUGAUAUAUAAUAUAAUAUAAUAUAAUAUAAUAUAAUAUAAUAUAGCACGUUCGCCUCACACCUCCAGGGUUGGGGGUUCGAUUCCCACCGCUGCCCUGUGUGUAUGGAGUUUGCAUGUUCUCCCCGUGCUCCGGUACUCCGGUUUCCUCCCCCAGUCAAAGUUCAUGCAUGGUAGGUUGAUUGGCAUGUCCAGAGUGUUCGAAUGUGUAUGUGAGUGUGCCCUGUGCUGGACUGGCAUCCCGUCCAGGGUGUACCCAUGCCUUGUGCCAUUUGCUCCCUGGGAUAGACUCCAGGUUCCCCAUGACCCUGAAGGAUACGCGGUGUAGAAAAUGGAUUUAUGGAUAAUAAAAUGACACUAUGCUGUGUUCUCUAGAUAAAUCCAUUCCAUUUAAUAGCCUAUGUUUCUUCACAAACGGGAGAACAGAGCUUUCAGUGUCAUGUAAGCGGUUUCUCAGUGUCUAUUGAGAUUUAAUGUUAAAUUACAGCAAACUGCUUUAAUGCAAAAAUGAAUACAUCACAAUAAUACAAAUUUAUGUUUUAAUACACAGGCGGGAGUGGUCUUACAUCAGUGGUAAUUUCAGGGUAACUUGCUGCAGAAUCAUAUGAUAAAUCAUGUCAGGGUUAAUACCAGUCUGCUCCAUCAGCAGUGCAUAGUUGCAGUGUUUCUCAGCUCUACUGUGCAUGUCAUGUCAUGCCUUUCUGAUAUUACACCCACAUUUCCCUUGGAGAUCAAUAAAUCCCAUCCAUCCAGCGAUUGAUCUCAGCAAGGGCUUUAGGUGUAUCCAAACAGAGAAAACACUGGAUUGGACUCCUCUCUGUUCACUUUGAACUCUAACCUAGCAAAUACAAAUGUAGGCAGAUUGAGAUAAAAUGACUGUGGUGAUUUGAAGUGUUUAAAAAUGUUCUACUCAAGAUUGCUCUAGAUUGAGAAUAAGAAGUUAUAACCAAGGGAAGACUUGGAGAACAUAUCCACUAUCUCUAAGUAUUAACUUUAGUACUUUUACUAUACAUGUUCCAAAUUUCUGCGUGCUCAUGUGAGCACAUGGUGUUUAAGGUCCUUAGAAAGACAUAAAUUGUGUAAAACGGCAUUUUACGAAUGAAGAGCUGUGUUUCAUUUAAUGAUCAGGUACCACACCAUUUCCUUGUAUUGGAAUGAAACUUAAACUGAUGAGAGGACACACCAAUGCUGGAAUGUGUUGAGGGGAUUUCUCAUUAAAUAUGUACUAAUUCAAUCAAAAAAACCCAGUGUUGAAACCAAUUUUGAGGAAAAUCCCCACCAUAAAGUCUGAUUUUAAGAGCAAGUGUGUGAAAAAUGUACUACUUUUGAAGGCUGUGAAAAAAUGUUAAAUGAGAGGAAAUGGCUCAUAAACAUCACUUUCAUAACCCACAAGAAUUCCUGGCAACAGUUAAAUCUUUUAAAAUGACUCAUUACACCAUUUAAGAAGUAACAUCUGCAUGACUACAUCUACUUUUGCUCAUUGAGGAGCAUUUUAACAAUAAAGUCGGAGAUACAAUUCAGUCUUGCCUUCUCUGAAAAGGACGAAUGUGAUGCUUCUUCCUAAAAAGGACUUUUAGAUAGCUGUCCAUAUGCUGCCUUCUGAACAGGAUGGCUUUAUCUCAAGGGCACAAACACGGCACAUUUAUUCUGCCAACUUCAACAAGGCUGAUUCAUGGUUUGUCGGAAAGUCUAAAAGUAACUUCAGGAGUCCUAGAAUGAAGCUUGUGCGAUAUAACGAUAUUACAGUGCCAUGAUAUCUAGUGAUGUUUACUCUGAUUAUACUGUAGGCUCUUACCAAGACCUGACCAGCCCUCAGCUGAACAUUGGAGUACACGAAUACACUUUACCAUGCAAAGAUUGAUUUUCUCCCCAGUCCCCAAUAAAAUGAGCUAAUUAGCGUAUGAGUCAGCCAGCAUCUGGAAUGAUUUUUGCCAAUAUUAACUAACCGACACCGCCUGGAAGCCCCGCCCCCUUCCUCCAUCUCACAAGCUCACAAGGCUCUUGGUUUUCACAAGCAGUUCUAGACUGCAUGGCUUGUAAUAUUAUUAUGCCCUCCUGUACUUUCCUUAAACCUGAAUUGGUGGAAAUGCUCGCUUUCCUGUGUGCGAUAUACAAGCUGUCCAUCAAACAAGAGAACAGGGUAGUAAACAGGAAGUUAUUCAAACAAACUGAUGGUGCGCUUCAGUGGAGACAAGGACGUUGCAGCAAAAGGUGACAAUUCAUUUUCAAUGUAUGUGCACAAAGUGACAACAACAUAUGAAUCGCCGUUUUCUCAAUUCCACGCAAGGUGGGAUGCGGUAAAGCGACGGAUCUAAACUAUUCACACGAAAGAUUCUGACGACUAAUCCUUCAGUUCCCUGCUUAUAACUUUAGUUCCUACCUACAGUUAGUUUCCAUUUUAAAAAUGAACACGUGAAGACUUACUUUCUAGCUCUUUAGACUCUGGUCCGGUGAUCUUCCUUCAGCUAAAUAAUUUACAUGUGCAUGUGAUUUGGGUAAAUCUUCUACAGAAGCCAAGCCUAUUCACGUUUAGGAGCUAGAGUCACUGAACUACAGACAGUUUGUAUGACUGCUGAGGAAGCUGUUCAUUUACAGUCAAACUAUUUGACCGACGAGAACAACUACAAUAGUAUAAUUACAUCAUGAAAUGAAAAAGGUUGGGCAGUUAAUAUUGUCAUAUGAAAAAUUGACUAACUGUCCGUUUUCCUCCUUAUGUCCAGCCCUGAUCAGCCUCUCCUUCAGUGGAGCCAUUGGCCUCAUGUUUCUGAUGCUUGGCUGUGCCUUGCCUGUGUAUAAUGAAUACUGGCCGCUCUUUCUUCUGUUCUUCUACAUCCUCUCUCCUAUCCCUUACUGCAUCUCUCGGCGUGUGGUGGAUGAUACAGACUCGGCUAGUAACGCCUGCAAAGAACUGGCCAUUUUCCUCACCACAGGGAUCGUUGUGUCUGCCUUCGGCCUGCCCAUCAUAUUCGCGCGCGCUAGUGUGAUCGCCUGGGGGGCCUGCGCUCUUGUCCUGACAGGAAACAUUGUCAUUUUCGGCACCAUUCUGGGCUUCUUCCUCGUCUUCGGGUCGAACGAUGACUUCAGCUGGCAGCAGUGGUGAAGCGGAGAACUAUUUUUAUCGACAUACAUUCUCACCAUGGCUACAGUCGUGGUUCUUAUUGUCGUCUUUAUUAUUUAUAGUGACUGGCCAUCCAUAUUAAGAGGAAAUCAGUGCAAUAAGUUGUCACUGGGAUCAGUUUGACCUCAGAAAGCUGUUGUUUUUGCUGUUUAUUUUGUACAUUAGCGAUGUUUCUAGUUUUGUUUUUUCUUGCAGGCAUGAUUGACGCUUCUCUACAGAACGUAGAAUGUAUAAUGCCAUGGAAAAAAAUAAGCUAAUAUGGAUAGAUGAUUCUCUUUACAAAGUCUGUGGUUAGAACUAAUUGCAGACUCUGUCAUUUGGAGCGUAUCUUUUAGGUUUAGCUUUUAGCUUGGUGAAUCUACUGUAAUUUAUUAUUUUUUUUGACGUAUUGAAUUUUCAUGUAGCAUGGGUUUAGUUUAUUAUUUAUUCACGCAAAAUGCACUGUCUGCUGCCACCAUUGCAUCGUAGGUAGCGCAAUUCCAUCCCAUAACCAAACGCCAGAGCCAUUCACUGUUGUUUAAUGUAUAAUCUCCCAAUUUAGUUUAGCACAGUACACCUUUUGGGGAAGUGUGCACUUCACAGCCAGCUCUCUUAAGAGUGUAUAUGAGAUAAAAGAGUAAUCAAACGAGACAUAAUUGAGUAAUAGGAGCUACAAAGCUCACUUUGCUAACAAGCAACUGAGCACCGACUAGCAUCAUGAUAACCGUAUUCUGAAAUCAUCACACACGCUUCAAAUGGUGUCAUUAGCACAUAGUCUACUUCAUGUAGUUGUAAAGUGAGUCUGUAUUUACAAACUCAAAUAUAUAAAUAAUAUAAAGUGAUCCUGUCACAAAAUGGCCACCACUAUAGUUUUCAGUUGUGAGGUAACUUUGUGUCUGCACCCUUUUUUUUACACUGAAGUAAAACAGUGAUUAUUUCACUACGCAGUUAACAUGAUGCUAAUCAUUCUAGUCUAAAUGUUAUGUACACUGGAGCUUUGAGAAAGAUUAGCAUCAUGCUAAUCGUUCUCUGAAAUCAUCAUGCUUCAAAUAACAUCAUGUAGUAUCAUUAGCACAUAGGCUGUUUCAUAUAGUUGUAAAGUGAGUCUGUAUUUACCAACUCAAAUAUUUAAAUAAUAAUAAGUGAUCCUGUCACAAAAUGGCCACCACUAUAAUUUUCAGAUGUGAGGUAACUUUGUGUCUGCACCCUUUUUUUUUUUUUACACUGAAGUAAAAAAAAAAUUGAAAAUAAUUUUCAAGUAUUUAAAGGUAAAAAAAAAGAAAAUUAUUUCACUAUGCAGUUAACAUGAUGCUAAUCAUUCUAGUCUAAAUGUUGUGUACACUGGAGCUUUGAGAAAGAUUAGCAUUAUGCUAACUGUUCUCCGAAAUAAUCAUGCUUCAAAUAACAUCAUGUAGUAGCAUUAGCACGUAGGCUAUUUCAUAUAGUUGUAAAGUCUGUAUUUACAAAUUUAAAUAUAUAAAUAAGAGUAAGUGACCCUAACACAAAAUGGCCGCCACUAUUGUUUUCAGCCUUAAGGCAAUUUUGUGUCAGCAUCCUAUAAGCAAGUCUUGAGUAAAAAACACUGAGGUAAAAAAAAAAAGUGAUUAGAAUGAUGCUAAUUAUUCCAGUCUAAAUGUUUGGCCUGGAGCUGUGAGGGAGAUUGCGCUAACUGUACUCUGAAAACAUCUCUUCACAACUCUGAAAGUAGUGUUAGCACAUAGACUAUUUCAUAUAGUUGUAAAGUGAGUCUGUGUUUACAAAUUUUAAUAUAUAAAUAAGAGUAAGUGAUUCUGUUUCAAAAUGGCUACUGCUGUUAGUUUCAGCUGUUAGGUAAGUUUGUGUCAGCACCCUAUAAGCAAGUCUUUUUAAGAGCAACACUGAGGUAAAAAUACAGUUAUAAUCAUUCUAGUCCAAAUGUUGUGUGCGCUGGAGCUGUGAGAGUGAUUAGCAUUAUGCUAACUGUAUCUUAAAGCAUUUACAAACUUGCUUCAGAGAGCAAGUAACAAGAAUGUUUAAGCUAUUUUAAAACAUAAAUGUGUCAGAAACUUGUCUGAGGUAAGCGUGAUGAUUUCAGCACACUGUUAGCUUUAUGCUAGUCUGUCUUCAUAGGCAUUUAUUACUUGUCAGCUUUAUUAGCCCUAUAGCUCUUCUUGUGCGAAUACUAAAGAAAACUUGGACACCACAUGUCUUGGCUUCUGAAGGUGUGCUUAGUGAUUUUUCAAUUUAGUUAAACUUUUCUUACAAAAGGGGUCUCCUGGGGUCCUGGGGGUUUGUUUAGGUGACAAAAGUUGCAUCUCAAAACGUUUAGAUACACUGACAUUUAUGUUAAUUUUGAUUUUUCACAUUGUUUAUUUCCUCCUCUGUUGUUGAACUGUGUAACUGUAACCAUGUAAGAACAUGACUAACUGAAAAUUGAUAAAUUAUUGCAACGUA